AGUGCAUAGUUUUUAUCAUCAGAGCCAAGUGUGUAAUCAACUCCUGGUCUGAUGUAAAAUAACCUACAAUAUAUUUAUAUAUUUGUUAUAUCUGAUUAUAUAUAAAAUUAAAUGAUUGAAUUAGCCUCGGAUAGUAAAAAAAUAUUCCCCAUUAAAAAAGCAAUGACGGUACCAGGUAAUUUGUGAAAAAAAACUCAAGGGAUCGGUGAUAUUAAAAAAAUAAAAAAAAAUGUUUGAUAUUAAAUCACCAACGCGUUUUAUCAAAGAACAAAUCAAUGAAAUUGGGCAAUGGUGGUCAUGGUACAUAAGGGAAAUAACGUGGCAAAUAAUAAUUACAUUGAUUGCAUAUCUCUUGGUUUGCAUCCUACUCUAUAUAAUUUUGAAAAGAGUUAAUCAUCAAGCAUGGCAAUUACCAGGACCACCAUCAAAAAUUCUAUUUGUAACAGCACAUCCUGACGAUGAAGUGAUGUUUUUUGGACCUAUGAUUUACUGGCUAAGUAGAUUUAAAACUACUAAUGUUUACUUAUUAUGUUUCACUAAUGGUGGACAUAAAAGAAGAAAAGAGGAGUUAUGGGCUUCUGCUAAAAUUAUAGGUAUACCAGAGGCUAACAUCACUAUAAUAAUAAAUUCAGAGUUACCUGAUAAUCCCAAAGUACAAUGGCCCGGAAGUAUUAUCUCCGAAAAUAUUUUACAUUAUAUAGAAACAUAUAAAAUGAAUGCUGUAGUUACUUUCGAUAAGCGUGGUGUAAGUGGUCAUAAAAAUCAUAUUUCAUUGUAUUAUGCCAUAGCUUCUUUAUGCAUAGAAAAGAAAAUUCCUUCGUAUUGUAAACUUUAUAUUCUUGAAUCUGUAAAUAUUUUAAGGAAAUAUGUACAGCUAUUAGACUUGCCGAUUAGUUUAUUAACGUCUUCCUAUUGGUAUUUAGUUAAUUAUGAGCAGCGUCGAACGAUACAAUCUGCAAUGAAGGCUCAUAAAUCUCAAUAUGUGUGGUUUCGUAAGUUAUACAUGACAUUUUCACGUUAUACAUUUAUAAAUACACUUCAAGAAGUAAAUGCGUUAGAUUUGGAAUUUGAUCUUCAAUACGAUGAUGACUGAUAAUUAAAUUCUAAAAAUAAAACGUGCUUUGUAUUUCAAUCUUGUACAUAUAACUACAAUAAUUACGAAUAUAAUAAUUAUAAUUAUGAUAAUGUAAUAAAUAAUAAACAACUUGUAAUAUUCACUCGAA